GCUGUGUAGACAUCUCAAUUACUUCCGAUACAGAAUGGAGACCGCUAUGGAACAGCAAGUCAGUAGUGAAACUACACUCACCUCGGCAGAACAUGUCCCUACUCCUAAGUUCACUUGCUUUCAAGAGUUACCAUGGGAACUGAGAAUGGCCAUUUGGGAACAUCUUCUCCCUCCCCCGCGGCAUAUCAAAAUCCGUUGCGAGAAAGCUUCUCACCCAAUAAAUAAACGUCGCUUUGCAAAAUCAUUCGAAUCGAACCAGCCCCUCCCCACGCUCCUCCAAAUAUGCCACGAGACGCGCGACUUCAUACUCACCACGUACCACCCGUAUAUCCAGACCGAACAUUCUCCUUCGUACACCUACACAUCGUUCGAGAAAGAUACGAUCUCCCUUGAUGAUGGCGUAUUGAGCCACUUGAAACGAAAGGAUUUGGACGUGAUUGAGAAACUCGAGCUGGCCGUUCAGGAUGCAGCCUAUUUCACACACUACAAUUUGGAGAUUUUGAAGAGAAUGAAAAGCUUGAGGGAGUUGACUCUCCAGGAUGAAAUGGAGGAGAGAAUUAUUGCUGCGUGGGAUUCAAGAAGUUGGCAUUUCAAAGUUGCGGACGAAUUCCGGCAAGCUAUGGCGGUUGAUCCUGGAGUAAGUUUUACUAUUUUCGCCCACUGUCCAUACCGAUGGAAGAGAACUCAUCUCGGCCUGGCUAUGAUGCAGAGUUUCAAUCAAUUUGAUAUCUCGACAUGGCAUAUGUUACUCUAAGGUUGCUUCUCGUGUGUCAUACGGUUGACGGCAUGUCUGUUGACCGGGAUGUAUUGUUCCACUUCUCAAAAACCAUCCUUCCUUAUAAUUAUAGAUUUCACGAAAGUUGUAAUGCUGACCUUUUCUUUUAGUGGGAAUGCCCAAGGAUCAGAAUAAUGAAGGGAGAAGAAGAAAUUGUUAUGAUUGAAGGCGGUGCAGCUAUUCCAGGUUGGGUCCCCGAAGUGUCAGAUGAGUACGUACAAUCAAAUGAAUGAACAUACAGAUUAUGCUGAUAUGCUCAUAGCCCUUCGGUAACAGCCUGGUGAGGUAUGAUGUUAGUUCUACGGCAAAGAUAGUAUCGUUGAUUCAAACGGAAUACCUUGUCUAGAUGUUUGGAUACCAAAACCAGGUAGCCAUUUGCUUCCUAUCCUACUCUACUUCGCUGGAUUAUAGUAAGAGUAGGCCCUUGGUACCUUCUGGGUAUGCAGGCGGCUUGUUUUACACGUUGACCGUAAUAUCAUUGUGCUAGGUUGCGCUACUCAAUUGCUACGUGGUGGAUUUUGCUUACUAGUGGUAUAUGAAAAGCAUACUGGGUAGGAAAUUAUUGUGGGCUCUCGCUCAUAGGUUGCUAAUUUUGCUAGUGUACAGCAAAUAAGGGCUCCCUUGCGAAACGUAUGGCAUAGAGAGACGUGUAGAAGAUUUGUUGGUUUUAAAUAAAUCAAAUACAAAUUAUCUAUGGAAUGAGUCAACGUGGUGCUUGAUAACUGUAUCUUCGUCCAAGGUAACACUGAUCACGUCUCUCACUUUCCAAUGAAUAAGC